GAUUAAUUCCCAUCUUCUCGCCGUCGCGAUCGCUAUCUUCUUUCUGUCAAUUCUUUUCGUUUCGUCAUCUGUGCCAUCUCGUUCCUGUCCUCGCAAUGGCCAUUUUUGCGCAAGCUUUCCUAAGGACGGCGGGCAGAGUCGCCUUUGCCCGCAGCUCCGUCAACCCCGUGCAGCAAGCUCUGGGCGUGAAGGGCGCUGCCAGAUAUGCCCAGGCAUGCAGAAAUUAUGCUACUGUUUUUGAGAGAACUAAGCCGCACGUGAAUAUUGGCACAAUCGGUCACGUCGACCAUGGCAAAACCACAUUGACCGCCGCCAUCACGAAACGCCAAUCUGAGAAGGGCUUCGCCAACUUUCUGGACUACGCCUCCAUCGACAAGGCUCCCGAAGAGCGCAAGCGUGGUAUCACCAUAUCUACCGCCCAUAUCGAGUACCAGACCGAAGCACGCCACUACUCGCACGUCGACUGUCCCGGUCAUGCCGACUACAUCAAGAACAUGAUUACUGGUGCGGCCAACAUGGAUGGUGCCAUCAUCGUCGUCGCCGCCUCAGACGGCCAGAUGCCUCAGACUCGUGAACAUCUGCUGCUGGCUCGCCAGGUCGGUGUCCAGAAGAUCGUCGUGUUCGUCAACAAGGUCGAUACCAUUGAGGAUAAAGAGAUGUUGGAGCUAGUUGAGAUGGAGAUGCGCGAGCUUCUGUCCUCAUACGGCUUCGAGGGCGACGAUACUCCCAUCGUCAUGGGUUCUGCUCUGUGCGCGCUCGAGGGUCGGCAGCCGGAAAUUGGCGAAAGCAAAAUUGAUGAGCUGCUUCAAAAGGUGGACGAGUGGAUCCCAACACCUGAGCGUGACACCGACAAGCCAUUCCUGAUGUCUGUCGAAGACGUGUUCUCCAUUCCUGGCCGUGGCACCGUCGCUUCCGGCCGUGUCGAGCGUGGCGUCCUGAGACGUGACCAGGAUGUUGAGUUGAUUGGCAAGAACGAGGUGCCCAUCAAGACUAAGGUUACGGAUAUUGAAACCUUCAAGAAGUCCUGCGAGGAGUCUCGUGCUGGUGACAAUUCCGGCUUGCUUCUGCGUGGUGUCAAGCGCGAGGAUGUGAAGCGUGGUAUGGUCGUCUCUAUACCAGGAGCGAUCAAGCAGGCCAAGAAGUUCCUUGCGUCGCUGUACGUGCUCACCAAGGAGGAAGGUGGUCGUCACACGGGCUUCCACAGUAACUAUAAGCCUCAGCUUUACAUCCGUACAGCUGACGAAUCCUCUACCUUCACGUGGCCGGAGGGCAGCCCCGAGGCCGCGGAGAACAAAAUGGUUAUGCCAGGUGACAAUGUCGAGAUGGUGUGCGAACUGCACCAUCCUCUGGCCAUCGAGGCCGGCCAACGUUUCAACGUGCGAGAGGGUGGUCGAACCGUAGCUACAGGUCUGAUCACUCGGAUACUGGACGGACCCGGGGCCAGCGGCAAGAAAUAAAAAAUUUUAAUCAGUCGACUCCCUUGAGCUGUACAAUGACCUAGGGAUCCAAUUUUCUACAUGUAUGUAUUCUGCCAACAUAUGCUUGUAAUUUGGUCUCCACUCCACACAAAAACUGGUGAUAGGAUUGUCUUGACGGGUCUAGCGUGUUGCUGUAUAACCAAAGCGAGGCGCAUUGGCUCUCGGGUGGAAUGAAAGGAAGUUGGCGGACAGCAUUUUUUACUGGCGUUGAUUGAUUCGAUCUCCGAGGCCAGCUAGAGGCUUUGUAUGUAUCAUACGCAUGUAGAAAAAAAUAUGGGUUUGGGUCAAAUUCUUCUGAGACUUUGCAAGCUUUUGUUCCUAGACGGGCCAAACCACUUCUCAGAAAAUCUGGGCCAAAAAAACGUGCUUCGGAGAUCGCAAACGCCUAGAUGCUAUAGGAAGCCUUUGGGAAGAGCGCGAAAAAAGGAA